UAUUUGGACAGAAUCACACUGUGGACAACUCGCUAACGAUGACAUGUGAGGAAAAACACUUCGACUUCGAUGUAAUUGCUUCAGUACAACCUGGCCGAUAUGGGGCGAAAGUCCAUUACUCUUUCAUAAAUGAAUCGCCUGUCAGAAGACGCCACUUGGGAUACAUAAUUGUUAACGAAUCUGUUAUUGAGGAGUGCACUUUUGAUAGUCCAAUAGGACUCUGCCCGAACUGGAAAAAUGGCGAUGGAAAAACUGGCGGGAAGUGGAGGUUUUCAAGCCAAACAAACAGAACCGGUGAAAGAGGUAACUUUGCGUAUACCGGUGGCACUCAUAACUACGUCAUACUAGAAACACCCCCAAUUUCGGCUGGAGAGUCUGUCCCCUUAUGUUUGACAUUUAGCUUCUUGAUGCAGAGUAAAUCUGCUUCAAAUUUCAACGUGAGUUUAAAGUCGGUUCACGACGAAAGCGAAGUGCUUCUGUACAGUCUCGUUGGGUAUCAUGGGAACCAAUGGUCAAGAGGUCAAGUGCCUUGGAAGGAAAGACAGACUUCCAAGCUGAUCUUCAGAGGCUUCUCUAACGGUGUUGAAGAAAUUGCUAUCGCCAUCGGCAAAAUUAAAAUAUCGACCAAUGACUGUGAGGUAUACCCAGUCUUCUCUUCUCCAGGCUUCAGUUGUAACAGCGACGAAUUUGAAUGCGAUAAUGGACAGUGUGUUGCAUCAUCUCUACGAUGUGAUGGAGACUUGGCGUGCACCGACAACUCAGAUGAACGAGAUUGUGCGUGCCUUUCCAGCGAACUCAAGUGUGGCAACGGCAAUUGUGUUCGUGUUAACAACUUAUGUGACGGGGUUCAACAUUGCCCUGACGGUUCCGACGAGGCAAACUGCGAGAAGACAUGUCCUGAGUUUCAGUGUGUUGCUGGAAACUGCAUCCCAUGGUACGCCACUUGUAAAACGGAUGACAACUCGUGCGCCGACAACUCGCAUCUUUCUGCAGUGUGUGGCUCAUCUAGCUGUCCCUUGAACAACCUAAAUUGCGUGGUACAUGAAGGAAAAACAAAGCGGCAGUGUUCUUCAUUUAGAGGCUACUGUGGCUUUGAAAAUGGUUUAUGUGGGUUAUCUAGUGAUAUCAGCAUGGAGUUCCAGUGGAGUUAUGGCUCAGGAAAAACCCCAUCACUCAACACUGGUCCCAGUAGUGAUCACACCACAUUCUCAAAAAAAGGUGUAUACAUUUUUAUUGAGGCUUCACAGCAGUCCCCGGGGGACCGAGCUCGACUCAUCAGCGACUGGUUGAUACCAAAAGAGCCUGCAUGUUUGCAGUUCUGGUAUCACAUGCACGGAAGACACAUUGGAACCUUAAACAUCCUCCUUAAGACAAAGCGGUCGGAGAUGACGGUUUGGCAGCAGGGAUCGAGGGAUCAUGGAGAUAGAUGGAUCUUUGCACAGACUACUGUUCAGAAUGACAGUCCAUACAAGUUCGUGAUCGAGGCCCAAGUUGGUAAUGGCCUUGAGGGGGACAUUGCAUUGGACGACCUAAGUGUAAUAGACGGCUCUUGCACCCAUAUAUCAAACCAAGUUAGUCCUGAUUGUGAUUUUAGUGAAGAUAUGUGUGGCUGGACUGGAGAUCCCGACUGGAAGAUUCACGGUGCAGAGAAAUACUUGUUUCUUCAGAGUAGCAAAGAGUUAUACAGAAAGCUGAUGAGUCCAUUCAUUGAUUCUAUUCAAGUCAGAUGCAUUCGAUUCUGGUUUAAAAGUGAAGGAGAAUAUUUCAGGAGAUCCUUAAAGCUGCUAGUAAACGAUUCUGAUUCAAAUUCUUCAUCAACGCUUUGGUCUGUUGACGAAGAAACUCCAACUUGGACGUUUAUUCAACUUCCGUUACAAAGAGUCGGUAGUAAAUUCCAGGUCGUUUUUCUGGGGUCAAAACAGCAAAAUCAGGCGACUAUAAAGAUCGAUGACAUCACGUUUUCUAACGAGACUUGUAAUAAAACUGCACCUUUUGUUAAAUGUUCUAAUUAUUUAACCCUCAACACUGCCGAUAGACUGGUGAACUACUCGGCAACAGCGGACAAAUGUGAUGAUACUCUAGACUUCAACCGCUGGUACAGAAUUACUGGCGCAGCAGGAACUCAGCUCCCCGAGAAGCAGGUUCCUUUUCGACGUUGUGGAGCCAGAUAUCCUGGAUGGAUGGAAGGAGUUCACCCAACCGUUGAAGACGGCGUGGUAUCACGAAAUGUCUGUUUUGUCCUGGGUAGUACAAAGUGUCGAUGGCGGCUAAAAAUAAAAGUAAAAAACUGUGGCGAGUUUUUCGUUUACAAACUGGCUGCUCCUGUGUAUUGUGAUCAACGAUAUUGUGGAUAUGAUGGAAAAGGAGGAAAAGAGCAUCACCAACACGAUGAAUGGUGGAGCUGGAAAAAUGAAAUGUUGCAUUCCACUUGGGACCUCUUUACUGCUGAUAAGAUGAAACGCCUUGACGACGAUUUCAACCACGAUAGGAACAAUUCAGCCAAGAAAGCGAUAGAAAAACAAGAAAGCAUCGUCAUCAGCUUGCGAGUUGGAGACGAGAGUCACAUAGAUAUUAAGAACGACGCACCCUUGACUGCGAUGACAUUAUGCUUAUGGUUAGCUACCAAGUCCAGUCUGCAGUUAGAAUAUCGUGUUACCUCAGAUGAUGAGAAGGUUUUUGGAUUAAGUUUGACGAGCAAGAAUAAAUUGGAGAUUACCUUUAUGAAAAAUACCACAAUGUAA